AAUCAUUUCCCGCCAAAAAACCCUAAUUCACUCGCUUCUUUUUCCAGCCUCUCUUCUCCAUUUAUAUACUCCAUUUUUCCGUCCUUUAUUUCUUCAACCUCCAUUUUCUCUCUCUUCUUUCCCUCUCUACUGUAAUCCAUUUUCAUCAAAAACCCAGAAAAUUUUUACUUUCUUCUCACAAACAUUUUCAACCAAAAAUGGAGUCUUGGGAAUCAUCAGUUCCAGUAGUAACAACUCCCAACAAUAACAACCACCCUCAUUCUCUCUCCUCAUCUUCUCUUAAUACUCCCAUGGUUGCUACUCCUGAGCCCCGUCAGAUCCGCAUUGUUAAAUCCAAUCGCGCUGCUUUCGAUUCCGGGUCGGAUUGUCCCAAGAAGGCCAAGAUCAGUUGUGGAGUUUCUGGGAUGCCCAAUGGAUUAUUGCCCCAAAAGUAUGAGAUGUUAUGUGUGUUCUUCAAUGCAAUGAUAAGUUCAAUUCGGCUACUCCGACUAAAAAAAUUGCCAUCAACACUUACUCGGCUUUCUCGUAGUAUUGAGUCAUUGACGGAAAGGAGGUUCACAUUACAUCACUUGGCUCAAUUGAAGCACAUCAUGCCAGAGGUGAUUGUGGUAAAGAAAAUCCGUGUUCAAGACAGAGAAACAAACUGUAUGAAGGAGGACCUUCUUGUGUCUCUCGAGGUAGAUGCAGUGGCAACUGAUGAUAAUGUGAAAGGCGGUGGUGGAUUUUCUCAUUUGAAAGGGAUCUUCCAGUCACGACUCACGCAUUAUUUCAGAACCCAUGAUGAGGAUGAUAAUGUUCCCGAGGGAAAAUUACCGCAUUUGUUCUAUCAGCCAAAGCAGGAACCUGAACCAAGCUUGUGCAGGACCCCUGCUCCACCAGCAGUGUUACACAUUGCUCCAUCUUUUAAGAGGCGUUUCUCAUCAAGGGCUCUGGGUGCUUCAGUCUCUGAGUCCUCUCCAGCAAAGCCAUCAUCUUGCUUGUUGGAUACUCACAUAAAGGAGGCAACUGUCGUUGAUGCUAAAGAUGAAUCUUCUAUUAGCUUAGUCGAAUUUAAUGCAGAGCCUGCCAAGCUUGUUUCAACACCUGCGAAACUUGUUUCAACGCCUGCUAAACUUGCUUUAACGCCUGCCAAACUCGCUUCAACACCUGUCAAAUUCGCUUCAACGCCUGUCAAACUCGCCUCAACACCAGCAAGGCUGAUGGCAGCCACACCUGUAUUGCUGCCACCAAAACGCCCUCUGAUGACCCCAGAUCAUGAUUGUUGUAGUGAUGUACCCAAUAAGUCAGCUAAGCGUAGGGCCCUUAACUUUGAACAGAGCAGCAAUGAUAUUGAGGAUCAACCCAGUCAAGUUGGGGAGGAAAAAAUCUGCUACCCAGCUCAAGGCUCUAAUGCUUCCAAGGAUGUCCUGAACGUGCUUCCAGAUGACCUUUUACAGUCGUUGAUAGAAAAAGAACAGAAGAUCUUAGAAGACCAGGGCUUGGCAGUCUCACAAGAAAAAAGGCGGCAACAACUGAUGGCUGGAGUACCUAAACUCUUUGACAUGAUUCUUCUUUUGUUCCAGUCUAUCAGGCGUCCCAUUGUCACAAAAGAGGAACUUAUUUACAAACUAAUUACUGGCCAUUUAGACAUAGUUGAUAAAUAUGAGGUUGAAGCGCAGUUUCAGUUGCUAAGAGAAGUUGCCCCAGAAUACGUUUCUGAACAACAGUCUCUCAGCGGAGAUACUCUCCUUCGCCUCAACAAAGCUUCAUGUCCGGAAUCAAUACGUGCCAAGCUGUUAGAAGCAAUAUGAGACUUCAAGGCUUCUGAAUCUGACUAUAUGAGAAAAAAUAAAUAGGAUUUUUUAAUUUUUUUCAUUUCCUAUUUUGCUAUUUAAGGUGAUAUGGAUGAAUCAUGUAUGUAAGAUGUAACCCUUCAGCCAUAUUGCAGGUUGUAUAUGCUUAGUGCAUGCCUAAUUGGCUAAUUGACCCUAUUUAUAAAAAUCAGGUUUCUGAUUUCAUUGUCCAUCAAAUGUUUA